UGUCAAACGGAACCAUUGUUCGUGCACGCUUUCGACAGAAAACAUGGCCUCGAUACUGCGGUCGAGCAAAUUUGUGCGAUAUUUCGCCGGUUUCGCACGAAAUUUAGUGUUUAGCACGGCACGGGAAACGGAAAGCAGCUUCGUCCAGCAAUCGCAGUGUUUGUGUGGAAAUUUCACCAGUAGUUUCGCAACUGCAGCCACCAAAAGCAAGAAUGGACUUGACAGGUCCUUGAAGCGCUUGGACGAAGAUGUGCGCCGUUCAGGACGAAUCUCUCGGCGGGACCUGGAAGAGGUGCUGGAAGAGAUUCGCAUCAAUCGAUCGGCCACCAGCGCACAGUCCCUGCUGGUGAUUAGAUGCUGUGGUAAUCUUGUCCCGGAAGAAUUGCCCGAAGUACGUACCGCCCUUGUGCAGGAGAUAUGGAAGACGUUGCAGAACCUGAACGUCGCCAUGGACGUGUCGCACUACAAUGCCCUGCUGCGUGUCUAUCUCGACAACGAGCAUCCCUUCUCGCCGACGGAAUUCCUUGCCGACAUGCAGUCGUUGGGUAUCGAACCGAACCGUGUCACGUACCAACGGCUUAUCUCACGCUACUGCCAGCAGGGUGACAUCGAGGGUGCGACCAGAAUUUUGGAGUUUAUGCGCGAAAAACAGCUCCCGGUGAAUGAGUAUGUCUUUAACGCGCUUAUCAUGGGCCAUUCCCAGGCAGACGAUCUGGAAUCGGCCACGGGAAUAUUGGCCGUAAUGGCACAGGCUGGUCUGCAACCGUCGGCCGACACGUACACCACGCUGCUCUGCGGUUACGCUCGCAAGGGAGACAUUGAUUACAUCUGCAAAACAAUCGACACCUGCGAACAGAAGGAAAUAUUCCUGCUCGAUAAGGACAUACUGGAAAUCAUUUACUCGCUCGCCACCAACGGCCAUCCGGAGAAGGUGGACCAGCUGGUGGAGAAAAUCCGUCGCCAAGCGGGCUACAACCAGGACGCAGUGAACGUUAUUCUUCGCCUUAUCAAUCGAGGUCAUGAGGACGUAGGCCUGAAACUGCUCCGGACGAUGCCGCGCGCUUCCAAGAACGACGGAGAGCUGGCCAACACGGGAAGUUUCCUUGUGCGACAGCUUGUGCGGGCUAAGCGACCGGCAGAGAAAGUAAUUGCAGUUUGUAACGAACUGCAGGAAGGCGGCAUGAACGAUCGAGCGCAUUUGAUUGCACUCGAGACAGCUCUGAAGGGUGGUUUGCCAGAGUUAAGUUUCGCCCUGCUGGAAGAGCUAGCGAAGCAGAAUCAACCGAUCCGGCAGCAUUUCUUCUGGCCACUGAUGUGCGCUAAUGAGCCCGGCACGACGAAAGAGGAACGUACAGACGGCGUGCUGAAGGUGUUGCGCACGAUGACGGAAAAAUUCAACCUCUAUCCAAGCAGCGAGACGGUACGCGAUUAUGCCGUUCCGAAUCUGCCGGUAAACAACAACGAGAUUGUAAUACAGCUGCUGCGCAGUGCGGGUAUUUCGGCGGCCGUUGCCAGCUCGAGCUGUGCGUACGUUGCACUUGAACGGAACAAUCUGAAGGAAGCUGCCAACAUUGCUACCCGCUACCGUGCAUACUAUUCGCCCGGCGUGUACCGUAAACCGCUCGUGCAAGCACUUCUGCAAUCACGAGACUUUGACGCUUACGUACGCUUCUCGCGUGCGCUCCACGAAGGACUGAAACGGAGCCGUUCCGUGGAAGAGGAAAGCGAACAGCAGGGAGCAGACGGGACAGACAACGCAAGCACUACCGAAGCACUGCAGGCGGAAACGAUGGGUGCUUUAAUAUUCGAUGUCGUGUCCACCUUCAAAACCGACCGCGUCGAGGUGAUGCAGCAAAUACUGACCGGUUUCGUGGCCCAGGGUCUCUCGAUCAGCAAUAAUAUGGCGGAGAAAAUUCAGGACCGAAUGGGCAGCGAAAUGACGGCGGAAAUAUCGGCCCUGCUGUCGAAGUUGGCUGCCGGCGAUUUGGAACCGAUCGAGCUGGAUCGCACACCGGUCCAGGGUCAGCAGCGACCGAAGCCAUCGCUCUCGAACCUAUCCGUACCACAGCUCGAGCGGCUCAUCGCAGAUCUGGAGGCGCGAAAGGAGAACACAAACGGUGUGAAAUCACAGCUGAUCCGUUCGGUCAUUCGCUCGAACGAUGUCGCCAAAACGAAGGAAGUGUUGGAGAAGCUGGAGAGCGAAAAUUACGUCGUCAGUCCAGGAGUUUACGGGCUAACGAUCGACAUGUUCGCUACGAACGGUAAGGUCGAGGAAGCGUUCGAGCUGCUGAAAAGCGUUAAAGCCCGGCAGCCCGACUUUAUGCUCGACCGUGUAAAGAUAGUACGGUUGGCACAGUGUCUGCUCGAUGGAGAACGUUUCGAUGAGGCUCUUCGCUUUCUGGACGAAAACGCACCAUCCACCUCGGAAUCGGGCAAGGACGAAAGCCAGCGGGAGGUUGAUUUUGUGUACAAUAGCGCGUGCUGGCGCUUGCUGAACACGCUCGCCGAGAAGGGUAACGUGCAGCAAGUGAAUCAGCUGUUCGAGCAUUUGCAGGGCAAAGGUUACAUUACGCCGCAAAACAUUUUCCUGGGCUCGCUCAUCAAGGUGCAUCUCGUGCGCGACGAUCUGCCGACGGCAAUGAGCACGUUUGCGGAUGUGUGUCAGAAGUAUCGGUUGACGCCGUGGAAAACGGAGCUUACCUGCCGCCUGAUACAGGCCGAGGACGCUACGAAUUUGCAGCGCUUGACGGACCUUAGCACGGAAGUGCACGGUGAGGUGAACAGUUUGUACGAUCUCGUGUUCGCUUUCGUUGACUGUGGACGCAUUCGUCAGGCGAGAAAGAUUCUCGAAACGCCUGGCUUGCGCACCCGCUACCAGCGCAUUCAGACGGCGUGCGAACGGUACCAGCAGGAGGGAAAAACUUCGAGCCUGGAAGGAUUGAUGGAAGCGACCAAGGAUCUGAGCCAUAUCGAUCGAAGCGAGAUCUAUCACAAGCUGCUGCAGAGCUACAUCGGCGAGAAGGAUGCGGUCAAAUCGCUCGGACUGUGGACACGCAUGCAGGAGGAAAAUGUUACGCCGUCGGAUGCUUUCCUGCGGGAUUUGGGAGACUUUUUGAAGAGCAACGGCUAUGAAGUUCCGUUUGCAAUUCCAGUGCCCGAAGCUACUGAGGAAAAGCAGCCAAAGACAAAGACUAAAGCAGGCAAGGCCGUCACGAGCAGCGUUCCGGAUGCGAAACAAUCCGCUACGAAGCCCGCUACCGCGAAACGGGUCCAAGUUAGUGGACCAAUGCGUGAUUUAAAGCAAGCGAUCAAAGCGAACAAUCCGGACAGUAUUCUGGAGGCAUACGAAGCUGUAAAAACAACGUCAGCCAAACCAAAUCUCACCGAACAGUCGGCGGUUAUUGAAGCGUUGGUAAAUCGGGACCGUCUCUCGGAAGCAUCCAAAAUGGUGCUCGCCUUGCUGGAACAGAAAUUGUUCCCCAUUCCGCGUACGUUCAAAUACUUCCUCAACAAACUGGCCAUCAGCGGUGAUGUGGCAACGUUUGAACGUAUCGGCUCCCUGCUCUCCGACGAUCUGAAGCGUCUCAUCUCGUUCGACAAUCGACUCUGCCAUGCGAACGUCUCGAACGGCAAUGCGGAUCAGUAUCUGCGAAAGCUGGAGGAAGCAAUCGAGAAGGUCAAGAAUAAGGAGGAAGCGAUUGUGGCGGCGAAACAUUUCCCGAUCGGUGGUGCUUCCGGCAUACUGGCCCAACAUCCCGAACUGCACGACCGUUACGAACGGUUGGCCGAACACUACGCGAAAUGGGGUCUUCUGGCACCGGUGAACGCUCUCUGGAUACACUACUUCAUUAGCGGACCAGCGGAAAAGGCAAACACAAUCUGGAAUCGCCACCUGAACAACAGCUCCCGCAUCAUGUUCCAGAAGGUCAUUCAGCAGGCACGCGACGCAAAGGACGAUGCACUGUGCCAGCGGUUAAUCGAUCAUCUGCACGAAUCGAACGUUUCGGAAAAGGGUAAGGGUUUGAUCUACAGCUGUAUGGUCGAUAUUCUGGUUGCGAAGGAAAAACCGGAAGAAGCGCUAGCGGCGCUCGAACAGGGUCUCAAAGUGACGUGCUUGGAGAAUGUUAAUCGAACGGCUCUGAGACGGCUACAGGAAGCGCUUGCGGCGAAGGGUAAACCUUUCCCGCACACCAUUCCGGCGAAGAAUGCAAAGACCGCACGAGACCCGUCGUCUACCAGCAGCAGCGACAGUGAUAGCGAGAGCAGCAGUGACGAGGAAGCCACCAAAGCAGCUGCGGCAGCGACAGCAAAAUCAAGCAGUAAACCCACCAGCAACAAUCUGUCGUAAGAGCCAUCACAUUGCGGUUUAUUAGCUGUAAGAGAUCGGACAAAGCUUAAAACAACCGAACGGUUUUGAGAAAAAGCUUCAUCGUCGUCCCCACACGUGGGACUCUCACAUUUAGGUUCAGCAAAAGCAUUCAUUAGUCAGAUCAUAGCUAGAUGUACGCGAAUAGUCGUAGUUGUUUCUUGCUGUUCGCUUUGGAAGUGUUGUUGCGGAGCACAAUAAACUUCGAACUAGAGCAACUUAA